AUGUCAACGAAUGCAAUUUUCGCAAAAAGACUUCAAUUCUUGUUCAACGGUUUCCAGAAGAUGAACAGCUUUAUGCGUGGAGGCACUGAGGGAAUGCGCAUCGUGCACGCCGAUGAGAGCAAGUAUCGAGCCGAAUUCGAGGUAAACAAAGAAAUGGUGAAUCCUUUGGACGUGAUGCACGGCGGAUGUUCGGCCACUCUGCUGGAUGUGGGCUGUGUAGCGACGGCAUUCAUCCGUGGCCAGGCCGUUCUCUCCGUCAACCAAGAGUUGACUUGUGUUGGCCCGGGUCGUCUCGGCGAAACGCUCGUCAUGGAGGUCGAGUUGCUGCGAUUGGGGAAAACGCAAUGCUAUACGCGGGGUGAAUUGCGGAAGAAAGUCGACGACAGUUUAGUGGCUUUUGGCACAUGUACAUAUGUGGUCUCUCCAAGUAAAUAUCAUCCGGAAAAGUUUGCUCAAUUCCUCGCCUCGGUGGUGGCCAUCAAG